GCCAAAGCUGAAGGUUACUUACCCGGCCUGUCCUACCUGGACACUGCAAGAGGCAUCAAGCCUAUUCUGGAGAAGCUCCCCUUCAGCAUGCAGGAGAAGUGGAUGUCACAGGGGACCAGAUACAAACAGGUGCAUGGUGUUAGCUUCCCACCCUUCUCGUUCUUCUCUGGUUUAAUUCAUGCAGAAGCAAAAAUGAGGAACGACCCAAACUUCAUCACAUCCACUUCCAGCGCAGCGCCGCCUAAAGGAGAGAAAUUCUCAACGAGAACAGCGAGAGCCCCUAUCACAGUGCACAAGACAGAAUUGGACAACGCCAUCCAGAAAGAUGAAUCCAAGAAGGAGGACCCUAACAAACAAUACCCUAUCCACAAAAAGCCGCACCCCCUGCGAAAGUGUAGAGGCUUUAGGGAGAAAACCCUAGAAGAGAGAAAAACCUACCUUAGAGAGAACUCUGUAUGUUUUAGGUGUGUCUCCUCAACAGCACACCAGGCGAAGAACUGUAAAGCUGUCAUCCAGUGCUCUGAGUGCGAAAGCGACAAGCAUAUUGCAGCUCUUCACGCCGGUCCUGCCCCUUGGUCUCACAAAGAUGCCGUCAGCUCCUCCACAAGUCUCCCUCCUCUCCAGUUGCCACGUCCACCUGUACUGAGGUCUGUGGAGACAGUCCCCCGGGGAAGUCUUGCUCCAAGAUCUGUCUUGUUAAUGUUUAUCCAGAAGGUCAUCCUGAGAAGAAGAUGAGAACAUACGCCAUUCUGGAUGACCAAAGUAACAAGUCUUUGGCUAGGUCAGCCUUCUUCAAGAUAUUCAACGUAGCCAAUGAUGCCUCACCCUACACCCUCAAGACGUGCUCAGGUAUCUCGGAGACUGUAGGCCGGCGUGCAAGAGGCUUCAUUGUGGAAUCAGCUGAUGAAAAGACCUGUUUACCUCUUCCCACGCUCAUCGAGUGCAACGAGCUCCCAGACAAUAGGGCCGAAAUCCCUACACCAGAUGUAGCAAGGUACCACCCUCACCUCAAGUUCUUAGUCACCAAGAUACCUCCUCUGAACCCCCAAGCAGAGAUACUGCUACUUCUAGGGAGAGACAUCAUCCAGGUGCACAAGGUGCUAGAGCAGCGCAACGGGCCCCUGCACACUCCCUUCGCACAGCGCCUAGCCCUCGGCUGGGUGAUAGUGGGAGAUGUCUGUCUCGGAGGGGCACACAAACCUUUACCAGUUAACGCCUUCAAGACAAACAUUCUGGAGAACGGACGCCCCAGCUUCAUGAGUCCUUGUCUCAGCAGCUUCCAUGUUAAGGAGAACUUCAGCCACACACACCAGCCUCGAAGUUCUGGCACCAUGUCCCUGAAGCAGAGAUGCACGCCAGCCGACACGGCAAGCCUCAUGGGCAAAUCUGUCUUCUGCUACACUAAGGAUGAUGACAAACCAGCUCCUUCAAUGGAGGAUCUCGCCUUCCUGAAGAUGAUGGAGAAAGAGUUCCAUCAGGAUGCAUCAAACAGCUGGGUUGCUCCGCUCCCUUUCCGUAGCCCAAGGCAACGUCUCCCCAAGAACCGCGAUCAGGCCAGCAAUCGCCUCGCCUCACUCACACGCACGCUCAAGAAACGUCCAGAGAUGAAGGACCACUUCAUUGAGUUCAUGUGCAAAAUCUUUGAGAAUGGGCACGCUGAAAUCGCUCUACCCCUACAAGCAGAAGAAGAGUGCUGGUAUCUUCCGAUCUUCGGGGUGUAUCAUCCACAAAAACCUGGACAGAUAAGAGUGGUAUUCGACUCCAGUGCCCAGCACCAUGGGGUAUCUCUGAAUGAUGUCCUGCUUACUGGUCCCAACAUGAACAACAGCCUGCUUGGGGUACUGCUACGGUUCAGAAAAGAACCAGUGGCUGUGACAGCAGACGUGCAGCAGAUGUUCCAUUGCUUCGUUGUUCGUGAAGACCAUCGUAACUACCUGCGAUUCCUCUGGUAUCGCAACAACGACUUGGAUGACGAAGUUGUGGAGUACAGGAUGCGGGUCCAUGUUUUCGGUAAUAGCCCAUCCCCAGCAGUGGCCAUGUAUGGCCUCAGGAGAGCCGCCUUAGAGGGCGAGAGGGAUUACGGAGCAGAGGCAAGGCACUUCGUCGAGAGGAACUUUUACGUCGACGACGGUCUCGUAUCCCUCCCCACAGAGAAGGAAGCCAUCACUCUUCUUCAGAACACUCAAGAGAUUUUGGCCCUCUCCAACUUACGCCUGCACAAGAUCGCCUCUAACAAGGCAGAGGUCAUGAGAGCCUUUCCUCCAGACGACCUAGCUAAGGGGCUGAAGGACCUGGAUCUGAGUGUCGACUUCCCUCCCAUGCAGAGAAGUCUCGGGGUGAGCUGGGACAUCGCAGAGGACGUCUUCACAUUUCAGGUGUCUUCAGCAGAGAAACCAUACACUAGACGUGGAGUCUUGUCGACGAUAAACAGCCUGUUUGACCCGCUUGGAUUUGCCGCCCCGGUAAGCAUUCGAGGAAGGUCUCUACUCAGAGAGCUCACCAUGGAGGCUUGUGACUGGGAUGCCCCUCUCCCAGAAGAGAACCUCAAGGAAUGGAAGCUGUGGAGAGACUCACUGAAGGAGCUUGAACAGGUCAAGAUCUCUCGCACAUACACCUCUACCUCUCUCAGCCAAGCACACAAGAAAGAGAUGUGCGUCUUCUGUGAUGCCUCCACGAACGCCAUCGCAGCAGUAGCUUACCUGAAGACAACUGAUGCCAGUGGGAACAUAGAUGUUGGCUUCAUCUUUGGUAAGGCUAAGCUCGCUCCAUGUCCUGAGAUCACCGUUCCAAGACUCGAGUUGUGCGCUGCUGUUCUAGCUGUGGAAAUAGCAGAAGCAAUCGUCGAUGAGAUUGACAUCCAACUCGAUGUUGUCACAUUCUACUCUGAUAGUAAAGUGGUCCUUGGUUACAUUCACAACGACGCCAGACGAUUCUACGUAUAUGUGAAUAACAGGGUGCAACGUAUCAGGAGAUCUACCAGCCCACAGCAGUGGAAGCACGUCCCUACUGACCAGAACCCUGCUGAUCAUGCCUCAAGAUCAGCCCCAGCAGGCAGCCUGACUCAUAGCACAUGGUUGACUGGACCAGCUUUCUUGUUCAGGUCAGCAGAGCCAGAAACCCUUCACACACCUUUCGACUUGGUUGAUCCCGGAUCUGACUAUGAGAUCCGCCCCCAAGUUGCUUGUCACGCCACCAAUGUCUCCAGCAACAAGUUAGACCCCAAGCACUUCGAAAGGUUCUUAAGCUGGCAAGCACUGACACAUGCAACAGCAAGGCUUGUGCAUGUUGCUCACUCCUUCAAGGUAGGCAGCAGCUGCAAAGGAUGGCACAUCUGCAAAAAACCCUGCUCCACCGAAGACCUGGAUCAAGCCAAGAAUAUCAUAAUCCGCAGUCUGCAACACGACGCCUUUCAAGAGGAAUUGGAAUGCAUCAGAGAAGGUAAGGCCAUUCCUAAGCAGAGCCCACUCUUCAGUCUGUGCCCCUACAUUGAUGAUUCAGGCUUACUGAGGAUUGGAGGACGUCUGUCCCAAGCAAGCCUAGGUAAAGAUGAAAUCAACCCUCUCAUCCUGCUUGGACGGAGCCACAUCGCGACUCUACUCAUCCGUCACCACCACGAGCAGGUCCACCAUCAAGGGCGCCACUUCACUGAGGGUUCCUUGAGAGCAGCUGGUCUGUGGGUCAUCGGUGGAAAACGGCGCGUCAGCAGCAUACUCUAUCAAUGUGUCAUCUGCCAAAGACUACGUGGGAGGAUAAAGACUCAGAAAAUGUCUGACUUACCUGUGGAUCGCCUCAGCACUGACCCUCCUUUCUCUUUUGUUGGGUUAGAUAUAUUUGGGCCAUGGAUGGUUACAGCACGUCGCACCAGGGGUGGACUAGCAAGCAGUAAACGCUGGGCUGUGCUGUUCACAUGUAUGAACACCAGGGCCAUACACAUUGAAGUCAUUGAGUCGAUGGAUUCCUCAAGUUUCAUAAAUGCUCUGCGACGGUUCCUUUCCAUCAGAGGACCAGCCAAACAAAUCAGGUCCGACUGUGGUACAAACUUUAUCGGGGCCUGCAGAGAGCUGAAGAUGGAGGCCGUUCAGAGUGACAAGGAGGUCCAAGAGUACCUAGGUGACAAAGGGUGUACUUGGGUCUUCAACCCACCACACUCAUCUCAUAUGGGAGGCAGCUGGGAGAGAAUGAUUGGCAUUACGAGGCGUAUCCUGGAUUCCAUGCUGCUGAAGGUGGGUCCAUCCAGGCUUACUCACGAAGUCCUGACUACUUUCAUGGCGGAAGUCUCAGCCAUCGUGAAUGCUCGUCCAUUGGUUCCUGUGUCCACGGAUCCAGACUUCCCCCUCAUCUUGACGCCAGCGACACUCCUCACCCAAAAGGUUGCUGUAAUUCCUCCUCCCCAAGGUGAAUUCAACGAGAAAGACCUCUUCAGCCGGCAGUGGAGGCAAGUUCAAAGCCUUGCCAACACCUUCUGGCACCGCUGGAGAAAGGAGUAUCUUCCUACCCUGCAGAGCCGUAGGAAGUGGCAGAAAGAGAAACCCAACCUUAAGGAGGGAGACAUUGUGAUGCUGAGAGACAGUCAAGUGAAAAGGAACGACUGGCCCAUGGGCAUCGUUGUGAAGACCUUUCCUGGCAGAGAUGGGAAAGUAAGAAAGGUUGAAGUCAAGACAGCAAGACAGGGGUCAUGCAAGACCUUUCUGCGUCCAGUUUCAGAGACUGUCCUACUCUUCUCUCCAGAGACUGAUAAGUAACUUUAAGUUCUAGUGUUAAUGUUGGCAUCUUUACAGAUACC